AUGGCUACAUCAAGCACAGCACGAGCAACUUUUGAGUUCCAACUAAACCAGAGUAAAGCGAAUGCUUUAACCCCUCCGUUCGCGACUUCAGACGACCUCUUUUGGCAGUUGGAAUAUUGCGAGACAUAUCCAAAUGAACCGGAAUGCUUUGUCGUUCGUCUUCACGUAAUUCCAAACCAAGACGAGUUAGAGUCCAUCUUGCCUUGGUCACGGCGACACGAGAAUCAACAAUAUGUCGGUAAAUUAGCUUUAGAAAUGGAUAAAUUGACACCCGAGAUGAAAUAUAGAGGAUUUUUUUACAAAAAAACAAAGCUCGCUCAUAAUUUUCUAAUUGGUGUCACUUUCUCGGAAUUUCAAACGAAUUCAAAAUUAGUUCCAGCACCAUUUCCCGGACGAAGAAUUCCUAAUGAGUUAUAUGAUGCAUGGCUUGGCGAGAUAAACAAACAAGAUUCGGUUGAUGUUCAAUUCAACGUCAGUGGUCAAGUGGUAUAUGCCAGCAGUGCAAUCCUCUCAAAACGUAGCGAAUAUUUUCGUAAUUUCUUUCAACAAAAAUGGGCCGAAUCAGAAGAUAUUCAAUCAGAUACUACCCAAUCAUCAUCACAAUCUCCAAAUACUCGAACACGAUCCAAGAAAAAAUCAUCAUCCCCAGUAAAAGGAGUAACGAUCAACGGCACCAAUGGUACGAACACCAAUGGAACGACUCCUGAAACAUCUGAUAUUUCGAUUUCAAAUAAUCAGAUAAAAUAUGUAAUCAACGUCCCAGAUUUCGAAUAUGAUACAUUCUUAGGGAUGUUGAGAUAUCUUUACACAGACAACCCUGGUUUCAGUGUUGAGGAUGGUUCUCCUACCUCACCAUUAGCCAUGAUGGCGAUUAGUGAUAAAUAUCUGAUUCAGGAUCUACGUGAGCGGGCAAAAGAGAAAUUAUUAAAGAUUCUUAAUGAAGAUAAUGCCGCGCGUAUUCUGUUUGAUGCAGCUUGGAAGUGGCCUGAUGUCAAAGAAAUUGUGAUGAAUUACGUGGUCAAAAAUUUCGCUAAAGUUCGCGAGACUCCAGCUUUCUUGGAAAUUGAUGACUCACACCCAAUGACCGCAAAACUCUUACUACAACUUAUCAGACAGCAUAGUUUCAUUGACCAAAUGGCCGAAAAAAAAGUGUGGAACUUUGGUGCUGGCCCAGCCAUGAUUCCUUCGUCUGUGUUACUUCGCGCACAAGCAGAGUUCACAAACUACAAUAACCUAGGAAUGUCGAUCAUGGAAUUAUCCCACCGCUCCAAAGAAUUCGAAAACCUUCUCAAUAAAACCAAAAACGAUUUUAGAACACUACUUAAAAUCCCCGAAAACUACGAAAUUCUAUUUAUGCAAGGCGGAGGACACACGCAAUUUUCAGCGAUUGUAUAUAACUUGCUUGCGGCAAAACGGGCAAAAUUGGGUGAUAGCAUUAACGAUAGUGAUUUUAAUCCGCCAAUUGAUUAUUUGGUAACUGGGUCAUGGUCAGCUAAAGCAGCCCAGGAAGCAAAGCGGAUAUAUGGAAAUGUAAAUAUAGUUUUUGAUGUGAAGAAAUCAAAAGGUGCUUAUGGUUCAAUUCCGCCCAAUUCCGAAUGGAAACUGAGUGGACCCAGUGCUGCUUUCGUAUAUUACUGUGAUAAUGAGACAGUGAAUGGGGUUGAGUUUCCAUAUAUACCCGAAAUCGAUCCUUCUGUACCGCUUGUUUGCGAUAUGUCCUCAAACAUAUUAUCACGUCGCGUAGAUAUAAGCAAAUUUGGCGUAAUUUAUUCGGGUGCACAAAAAAAUAUAGGCCCAGCUGGAGUGACAUUGGUCAUAGUACGCAAGGAUUUAUUAACACCUGUGGAGUCUGUUGGGCAGCAACAUCAUAAUGUUCCCAUCAUACCCACCAUGCUCGACUACAAAACGAUGGCAGACAAUAAUUCACUGUACAAUACACCACCGAUGUUCUCUAUUUAUAUGGCAGAUUUGGUUUUCGAGUGGUUGUUGGAGCUGGGUGGUGUGGAAGCCAUUGAAGCUAUGAACGCCACGAAAUCGCAAGCAAUUUACGACACGAUUGAUCAAUCAAAAAUUUACCGGUCGCCUGUAGAUAGGUUGGUACGCUCGCGAAUGAACGUGCCGUUCAAAAUUGAACCACCGGAAUUAGAAAAAGAGUUUUUGAGUGGUGCGGACAAGUUGAAUAUGUAUCAAUUAAAAGGCCAUCGUAGUGUAGGUGGGAUUAGAGCGAGCAUAUAUAACGCUAUGCCUUUAGAAGGCGUAGAAGCAUUAAUUAAAUAUAUGAAAGAAUUUGAGAAAAAACAUUCAAUAUAA